AGGCGGGGAGGGCCCCAGCUCGCGGAUCGGGCGCAAGCUAGGGACUCUGGGCGGCUGUCCGUCCUCGCCUUCUGGUCUCCAUGCCUCGGCUGCGCCCUGGUCCGCAGCCAACUGCCCGCAAACUGUAGCCAUGACCGCCGUUGCCGUCCUCCGGAACGACUCUCUGCAAGCCUUCCUUCAGGACCGCACCCCCAGCGCCUCCCCGGACCUGGGCAAGCACUCACCCCUGGCGCUGCUAGCCGCCACUUGUAGCCGUAUCGGCCAGCCGGGCGCUGCUGCACCCCCGGACUUCCUGCAGGUGCCCUACGACUCAACGCUGGGCUCGCCUUCCAGGCUUUUUCACCCGUGGACCGCCGACAUGCCAGCGCACUCGCCGGGCGCACUGCCGCCCCCACACCCCAGCCUGGGGCUGACGCCGCAGAAAACGCACCUACAGCCGUCCUUCGGGGCGGCUCACGAGCUGCCGCUCACCCCCCCUGCUGACCCCUCGUACCCCUACGAGUUCUCACCGGUCAAGAUGCUGCCCUCCAGUAUGGCGGCGCUGCCCGCCAGCUGCGCGCCUGCCUACGUGCCCUACGCGGCCCAGGCCGCGCUGCCGCCCGGCUACUCCAACUUGCUGCCACCACCGCCACCCCCACCGCCUCCCACGUGCCGCCAGCUGUCCCCCAACCCGGCCCCCGACGACCUCCCAUGGUGGAGUAUCCCGCAGGCGGGCUCCGGUCCGGGGACCUCCGGGGUUCCGGGGGGCAGCCUGUCCGGCGCCUGUGCCGGUGGACCCCACGCGCCCCGCUUCCCUGCAUCAGCGGCCGCUGCUGCCGCCGCCGCUGCUGCAGCCCUGCAACGGGGCCUGGUGUUGGGCCCGUCGGACUUCGCGCAGUACCAGAGCCAGAUAGCGGCGCUGCUACAGACCAAGGCCCCCCUGGCGGCCACGGCCAGGAGGUGCCGCCGCUGCCGCUGCCCCAACUGCCAGGCGGCGGGCGGCGCCCCGGAGGCAGAGCCGGGCAAGAAGAAGCAGCACGUGUGCCACGUGCCAGGCUGUGGCAAGGUGUAUGGCAAGACGUCGCACCUGAAGGCGCACCUGCGCUGGCACACGGGCGAGCGGCCCUUCGUAUGCAACUGGCUCUUCUGCGGUAAAAGCUUCACGCGCUCGGAUGAGCUGCAGCGGCACCUGCGGACUCACACUGGCGAGAAACGCUUCUCCUGUCCGGAGUGCGGGAAGCGCUUCAUGCGUAGUGACCAUCUCGCCAAGCACGUCAAGACGCACCAGAAUAAGAAGCUCAAAGUCGCUGAGGCUGGGGUCAAGCGGGAGGAUGCGCGGGACCUGUGAGCCCACCCGGGAGCAACUCUAGGCCUUUCCCCGCCUCGGACUACCCAGCACCUCUUCAUGGAGGUGUUGGGGGCCUGAGGGGAGACCCGAGAGAUGCAUUUGCCCCAGCUGUCUGCCUCCCAAAGCGAUGCCAGGAUCCCAGCUUCCCUGGCCCGGCCCGCGGACAGGGACCCUGUGCCCAGAAGGAGCAGGGGAGGUAGGGUUGGGAGCUCUGCGGAAGGGUGGUUUCAAGCUCUGAACCAUUCCCACCGUCUGAGAGACCUACAGUUUUGGGGUGGGAGACCUCACCCUGGGCUGAUCUUGUAUAUAAGAAAGGCUGCUGAAUUAAAGUGGAAGAACCUUGGCAGAGUUGAAACAGUGCUGGGUUUUUUGUUAGGACAGGGCCGGGCUUUGUACAGGUUAUUUAAUAGCUUUGUUAAAGAAUAAUUAUAAUAAUUACAACAUUAAUAAAAAUGUUAACUUUUGUCCUCAGCUCCAUGCAGAGCUACAGCAUGAAAUGUCUAUGUAAAGCAAUCAGCAGUUGCAGCGUGAAAAU